GGGACACCCGUCUCCCAAUGGACGAGAAGCCGAUGGACAGGUCGGAUGGUUAGUUACGUUGCCAUAGAUAGCCACACGUUCAGAACGCCGCCCGAGUUAAAGUCCGACGGAGCGGCGUGCAAUCAAUCUCCCUGCUGCGCCGAGGCGAGGCGAGGCUAGGCCUUCAAGCAUGUCCGGCUCCCAUCAAUGGACCGCUUCAAGCAGUUGGACGCGACCAACUCGUCCAUCGGGACCCUCCUCGACGAUGACGAAGAGGUCAUAUCCAUCCAGGCUAGCGUAGGCCUGUACGAUGGAAAGGAUAAGGCUCUCCACCACACCGCCGGAACCAUCUACCUCACCUCCCACAGACUCAUCUAUGUCGAUGACGCCCUCCCGCACAGGUACAGCUGCCACCUGCAGCUUGCGCUGAUCAAGGCAACAGAGCACUACACCGGCUUCUUCAAGAGCUCGCCCAAAGUCACCCUCUUCCUCGCCGACGCGCUCGCGGAUGCGUCCACAUCCGCCAGCAGCAACGGUCCUCUCGAGAGCAUGUCCUCGUCCUCGCCGCUGCUGCUCCCAGAUCAGCACCUUACUGCUGCUGGUGCGUCAUCUCUGCACCAAAUUGGAGAGGCAGCUAGGCAAAAGAGCGCAACGCCCUCCUCUCGCAAGUUAGGCGACUGGCGCGCCUCGGUGCAGGCUUUUGACACGGGCAGUGACCAGUCGCAGCUGCAGCCUCCAUGGAUCUGCCGUAUCUGCGGCUUCAGCAAUCGCAGCAGCAGUGGAGGCAGAGCGGAGACCUGCCAGUUGUGCGGCGUAGCGAGUGGUCUCAACAACUCGCCCUCACAGCCAGCCCCUCUGACAUCUGCUGCCACCCAUCAUGCCACAGUCUCAGCAUCUCCUGCGCCUGCUGCGCGCAGCGCGGGGGACACAGGCGUCCCGUGUCCGGUAUGCACGUUCGUCAAUCACCCUUCCAUGGUCGUCUGCGAACUGUGCGAAGCAGCGCUCGGCACCCAUUUCCCACUGACACAGCCGCAGCAGAAGCAGAAGCAGCGCACAAAUGACUCCGCAACAGCAGCUUCGAGCUCCAGCACAAGUCCGAGCCCAAGCCCAAGCCCCAAGCCCAGCCCAAGUACGAAUCCUACUGAACGGCAUGCAGAAGGCUCCCUGCCGGCCCGGUCGCCCGCACCGGCCACGCCGCAGUAUCCGUGGAGCGUUACACUACCGCUGCGAGCGGAAGGAAGCAGCGGGAGGAGCCCCGCUGGCGUGUCUGCCCCACUUCGCAUAGCAACAGCCGCAGACCACGUCAGGCUGAGCUUCAGGAAAGGAGGCGAUAAGGAGUGGUAUGAGCACAUCAAGUCAACGCUCAAGGCCAAAGCGUGGGUCGCGUCUACGUCUUCCUCCUUUCUCUCGGGGAGUGCCGCCUCGAACAUUGCCAUCAACGGCGAGGUUCCUCGCACAUCAGCAGCAACGACAUCGACGACCUGGCGCGCAAACGGCCGUUCGGCCGCCGCGACAGCGACGACGGACAUUGAUGGGCGUGCGGCGGCGAUGCGCAAGGCAGGCAUUGAAGGAAUUUUGCGUGCCGCAGACGACACAGCGCGCGAGCAGCACGCUGGCAUGGCGGACGCGCUCAAGGAUCUCGAGGCGCUCAUGCACAAGGCUAAGCAGAUGGUCCGCCUCGCUGAGACGCUCAACGAGAAGCUCGUCCGCCAGGAGGCCCAGCAGCAGCAGCAGUCAAAGGGGGAGGAAAUCAGCGUCGAAGGUCAGGUUGUCACACAAAGCUCAGAGGCUGCGACACUCAUCCGCAGCUCGCUCGUCCGCCUCGGCCUGCCAGCGCCCGCAGUGACAGAGGACAUGGCGAAGGAUGAGAUGGAGUACCACAUGGAGUUGGCUAGGGAGCUGGCGGGCUUGCUGCUCGGCACCAGCAGUGAAGGUGGAAGCUCUACCAAUGGUGCUGCUAGAAGUGGCCCAAAAGCUACAACAGGGCUCAUGGGCAGCGGGACUGUUCUUCGCAAAGGCACAGCCUCUGCUCCCACAUCCACCAUUUCCACCUGUGCAUCCGCUACAAAGCAUCAGCAACAACACCAACGACAGCAAGGCCUCGGCCUCGUCAACCUCGACGAGGUGUGGUGCCUCUGGAACCGAGCGCGUGGCGUAGCGCUCGUGUCGCCCCUCGUCCUGCGCACCGUCACGCGCUUCCUGCCUCAAAUCACCUCGCCGCCGAUCGCGCUGCGCACGUUCCGCUCCGGGCUGUGCGUGCUGCACACGCCGUACUACAGCCUCGAGGCGUUUGAGGCGCGGCUGCUGUGCGCGCUCAAGGCGGACACUGUACCCCGAGACGAGGCCGAGCCGCGUGACGCGGAUUCUCUGCCGUGGGGGACAGGCCGGACGAGCGUCGAGAUUGCGCGGAUGGAGGAUGUGCCGAUCCUCCUUGCCACGGAGAUGAUCGAGCUGGUCGAAGCGACGACAGGCACCGUUGCACGCGAUGAUGGCGCAAAGGAAGGGACCAGGUGGUAUCCGAACUUCAUCUCGCCUGGCUCUGCCAUUGCAGGUUGAGUAGAAUCCGAUGAAUUUCAAUCAUGGUUACUCUAUCAUAGACUUCAUUGAAAAGCAUGUGGCCAAAUAUGCCCAACCGAAUCUAGACGGGUUUGGACGCCGCUGCUUGCAUAUAGUGCACAGUGAUGGUGAUGGCUAUAGUACAGAUUGAAUGCUGUUGAUGCGAAAUAACCCAUGAUCCCAACGUCCUAAGGGGGGACGAACG